CCAAGGAGGUCGAAGAGCAACCACUGGCCGAUCAGGACAGCAAUCGAAGAACAACCUUUUGUUUCUCUCCAGAAUGCUUCGACCAUUUCUCUGGUCGAAAAUCCUGCUUCUGUGAACGCCGUCUUGGUCGCAGAAGCACAACUGAAGCGCCCUCUUCUCGAAGAGAAUGAGGGACAUAAUAAGCGUCCUCGGCUUGAGGAAACCAUUGGUGUCACAAGCCUCCCCAUCCUCUCAUUGAUCAAGCUCAACGGCACAGAAGUAUCAUCCUUUCUUAAGGAUGUUCUUCCUUCUCAAGAUCUCCGCGACGACGACAUCACCCUCCAUGAUCGAGGUGAUCGUAUCGCCAAGUGGCUAGCACAGCAACGGCCCGAGCCUACUCUCGAGCAAACUUCUCCCAAUCCUAAUGCUAACGCCGAGCAGACCUCUUUAAAUCCUGAAGCGCCUAUUGGGAUCGUUGGGCCGGGACAGCUCGGCUCUAGCACUGGGCCGCGGGCGCUGGGCGUAAGGUGCACGCGCGCGGGUGUCCUAUGCCCGAGAGGACUAGGCGCGCGGGUAGCUAUGCACAGCACGUUUCCCAGACAGACAGGGACUAGGCAUGCGCAGGCGUGUGCGGAGAACUCGGGGCACAGUGCAGCAGUACGCGAUGAACGCGGGACGCGACGUAGGCGGUCGUCGGCUGUCCGCUGCCGGACGACGGGGCUGCUUCCAUUGCUCGGAAAGAAAGCUAACGAGGUGCCGCUGCUAUGCUCGAAGGUCGUGAGAACGGGGAUUCCUGCUGACCACGCACGGCUGCAGUCGAAAGGAAAAAUCGAACAGGGGCUGUUUCUUACUCGCGUGUCUAUGGUGUUGCCGGCGGUCGCAGACGGAGGUGCUGGUCACGGCAAAGAGCCUGCGCGCGGAGGGCAGCGGCUCGCCGGAAGUUCGCGGUGGAGGAACUCGCGAAGGAGGGCUCGCCAUGGUGGUCGCCGAAAAGGUAGCAACGCGGUUGGGUGCCGAGCAAUGGGCUGCGGGGGUUCACGGCGCGCGGAGGAGCGACGGCGCACGGGGAGUGUUGCAGUAGCGGUUCGCGAUGGAGAGUCGUCGACGUUGCUUCACGUCGAGGUUUGCAGAGCGACGGUCGACGAGCAAUGGGUGGUGACCUGUUACCAGCGAGAUGAAGAUGCCACGCGAAGCGCGACGACCGGAGGGUGUAGGCGGAGGGCCGAUGACUCCUCGAAGCUCCGACGGGCGGGCUUUUGCUCAUGGUGGCGGCGACGAGCUGCUGGGGAGCUCCGGGUGAUGCCUGCUGGUAGGGGAAGCCGCGGCUCGGCCGCAUGUGAUAAACCCAGUGGCGGGAGGUGA